AUGAUCGAUGACGUCAGAAAAAAAUAAUCAAAAUCGUCGAACUCCGCAAUCCAACAAAUUUCCAAAAUAAUGGAUUGAUGGCAUUUUCAACAUCUACAACACUUUCCGUCAAUUUUUGUACGAAUUCUUCGGAUUUUUUACGAAUUUAAGGUGUAAGGACUCGGCUAAAAUAUGCCUAGAGAAAUUAAAGAAAUUAAAGAAUUCCUUAUCAAAGCCAGAAGGAAAGACGCGAAAUCCGUUAAAAUAAAGAAAAACCCCACGAAUGUGAAAUUCAAGGUCCGCUGUUCUCGAUUCUUGUACACCUUAGUUAUCACCGAUAAGGAGAAAGCCGAAAAAUUAAAGCAAUCUUUACCUCCUGGUUUACAAGUCAAAGAGAUUAAAUGCAGAAAAUCGAAAACCACACCAUAAAUUCGUAUUUCAACUUUAAAGGACUUGUUUAUAGAUGUAAGACGGUGUUUUUUUAAUAAAUGCAUUCAAAAACUUG